AUGGCGUCUGGGAUCAAGAGAAAGCAGGACGAUGAUGCUUCGGAUUCUUGGUCAGGUAAGGGGCCUGGUAGCGACUUGCAGACUUCGCCGGAUUGCAAGUCCGUAUCCAAUAUGGCGGAGCCCUGUCGACCGGUUCCCCGGCGCUGGGAGCCUAACCCUCAUCUAGACGCAUACUUUCGGAACCUCUAUACGUCCGAGCCUGACUUUAAAAAGCUCGCCGUCCAAGAUCCUGACUUUGCUACCUACGUCCAAAAUGGGCGAUUAAAUUUCACGGACCCAGAUGCAAUGAUGCAAUUGACGAAAACUCUGCUGAAGGUUGACUUUGGCUUGCGGAUAGAUCUGCCCAGGGAUAGACUUUGCCCUCCAGAUCGCAUUCGAGUGUUGGAGCGGAAGCCAGAGGAUAAGCUGGUGCCUAUCGGCGAGAUUGGGAUCGAGUCAGUUGACUUUGUCAUGAUGAACCCGCCAUUUUAUUCUUCAGAGGACGACAUGCUGGAGUCGGCUAAAAGAAAAUCGCGGCCACCCAUGUCAGCUUGUACUGGCGCACGCGUUGAGAUGGUUUGCGACGGUGGUGAAGUUGCCCAUGUCUGCAGGCUUCUCAGCGAGUCACUCAUUUUACGAGAGCGUGUUUCCUGGUACACCUCGAUGCUUGGGAAGCUCAGCAGCCUCGAGAUUCUUGUUGAGAAGUUGCGCACACAUGGCAUUGACAAUUAUGCGGUGACUGAGUUUAUACAGGGGACAAAGACGCGGCGAUGGGCCCUAGGAUGGAGUUUUGGGCCGAUGCGUCCCGCAGAGAAUGCAGCACGUGGCAUGAAGUCUAGUGCUGGUAGGAAACUGCUUCCCCCUCCUGUAACCGCAAAGCUGUUGGUCUCAAGCACCGACCGAACUACGCACGAACUACUCUCGACAAACACGGUCGGCCUUGUUGCCUUGUCAGACUUCCGCAAGCGGCGCGCCGAGGUUCUCGAACAGCAAGAGCGCGAAGCGCGUGAGGCUCUCUCUGCGCGCUCUGGCAUUGCGACCCCUGACCGCUCUUUAACUGCGACUCCAAGCAAUGCAAGUGACAGUAUCAAUGGCGACCGAGAACGGCCCCCAAAGAAGAAGAAGCGUACCAGGGCCCUGAUCUCGUUUGGAGAUGACGAAGAUGGCGGAGAUGGAUCUGACACUGUUGCCACCAAAACGACUGUCAAGAAACCCAAAUUUGAGGAUCGAACCCAACUUGAUGGCACUGCCAACGAAUCCUCGGGUAACACAGUCGAUGCUGCCGUCGGCGAGCACAAAGAAAAUGAUAAAAACGAGAAGUCAACGUCCAAGAUCACAGCAAAUACAUCUGUCGGUAUUGUGCCGCGUCCGUUAACAAAGGCAGCACUUCGCCGAGAAGCUGCUGAACGGGAAGCCUUGCGCAAGGAGUUCUUGCAAAUACAAGCUGCUGUCAAGGCUACCGAGAUCGCCAUUCCCUUCGUGUUUUACGACGGGACGAACAUUCCGGGGGGCAUUGUUAGGGUCAAAAAGGGAGACCAUGUUUGGCUGUUCCUGGACAAGAGCCGUAAGGUGGGUGCAAAGUUAGGCGUGGGCGCGGACAAGAUGGCGAAUGCCCGACGAGCCUGGGCCCGUGUCAGCGUUGACGAUUUGAUGCUUGUCCGAGGAAGCCUGAUCAUACCCCAUCACUACGACUUCUAUUUUUUCAUUAUUAACAAAACCGUGGGUCCUGGUAAUCAACGCCUCUUCAAUUACAGCACCGAAGCUCCAGCCUCAGUCUCAGGUUUAGACAAUACAAGUGCAGGCGGCAUCAACAGCGAGGAGGUUGAUAUCUCGCAGCUCGAAGGGGCAUCAGAUGACCCGACUUUUACCAAAGUGGUUGAUCGACGGUGGUAUCAGCGUAAUAAACACAUCUACCCGGCGAGUGUAUGGCAAGAAUUCGACCCCGAAAAGGACUAUUCCAAGGAGAUUCGGCGGGACCCUGGCGGGAACGCAUUCUUUUUCGCAAAAUGA